CGAAUUUAAUGUAAAAUUUUGAAUAAAGGAGAACGAAAAGCCCGACAAAACAUCGCGCGAGGAAGUAGUCGUCAUCAUUCAACGAGCUUUCAAAAAUUAUAGCUGAUCGCCCCUAAACCGUCUCUCACCAAAUGAGGUCAAAAAUAGAACUCGGCGAUGUAACGCCGCACAAUAUAAAACAGCUCAAAUUGCUGAAUCAAGUGGUCUUCCCAGUCUCUUAUAAUGAAAAAUUCUACAAAGAUGUUUUGGAAGCAGGAGAACUUGCCAAAUUGGCAUACUAUAACGACAUCGUGGUUGGUGCCGUUUGCUGUCGAGUAGAUACGUCGGAAAACUCUCGUCGACUCUAUAUUAUGACCUUGGGUUGUUUGUACCCCUACAGAAGACUCGGCAUUGGUACAGUCAUGGUACAGCAUGUAUUGAAUUAUGUGAACAAAGAUGGCAACUUUGAUUCCAUAUUUUUACAUGUACAAGUAAACAACGAGGAUGCCAUUGAUUUUUAUAAGAAAUUUGACUUUGAGGUUGUGGAAACGAAGGAACAUUAUUACAAACGCAUCGAGCCAGCGGACGCACACGUUUUACAAAAAAUUCUACGCCCACAAGCGAAUCAUCAAACGAACUCGCAAUAAAAUAGCUUACUCCAUCGUUUAAAAAGUUUUUUUUCUUUUUAAUUAUUAUUUCUUCAUCUAUCAUUUCUCUCCGCUACCUGCUGUACAAAUUCUCAAUAAUAAACGUACCUCCGUACAUCUAAAUAAAUCAUUAUUUCAAUACGGGACGAUUUUUUGGGCAAAGAAUUUUCACGAAUUCAUUAGUAUGUUAUAUCAUGUUUCUAAUGCCAAGGUGCUUAAAGUGUAAAAAUUGUUCCCCUAUUAUACACAAAAAAUGACAUUUAAAAGCGUCGAUUAGAAAUUCUUCCAGGAAGAAAGAGGCGGGAAAUUCAGGAUACGAAAAAAAUGGUCAAUAACUAAAUAAAUGAAUGUCCAUUAAA